CUCUCUCUCUCUCUCUCUCUUUCUCUGUGAGCUAUUGUUUUUCAUUUUCUCUCAAGGUUUCCCGAGAAACAAAAUUGCUCAUGUGAGAAUAUGUGAUGAUUCAAGUAGAUGGGGAAGAAAGGGAGUGGUUGGUUCUCUUCAGUGAAGAAGGUUUUCAAAUCAUCUUCUAAGGAUCACUUGCAAGACAAGAAGAGGGAGAACUUGGAGAAAUGGCAACAAGAGGCACCGGAGGUCGUUUCAUUCGAGCAUUUCCCGGCGGAGAGUUCACCGGAUCUCACUAACGACUACGAGAGCAAUAUAUCGACACCGGCCGAAGACAGAAACCAUGCCAUCGCUGUUGCGGCUGCAACAGCCGCAGCAGCAGAAGCAGCGGUUGCAGCAGCUCAAGCUGCGGCCAAGGUGGUAAGAUUAGCAGGGUAUGGCCGCCACUUCUCCAAGGAAGACAGGGCCGCAACUCUAAUUCAAUCGCAUUACAGAGGCUACCUGGCCCGGCGAGCUUUGCGUGCUUUGAAGGGAUUGGUGAGGCUACAAGCGCUGGUGAGAGGCCACAAUGUUCGGAAGCAAGCGCAGAUGACAAUGAGGUGCAUGCAGGCUCUGGUGCGUGUGCAGGCGAGAGUGAGGGCUCGAAGACUCCAAUUGGCUCACGAGAAACUUCAAAGGAAGAUGCACGAAGAAGAAGAAGAAGAAGAAGACGACGGUGAAGAAGCAAAAUUAAGGAGCAAAUUGAAGAAGAAAUACGACGUCGUAGAAGGUUCGGGUGGAAGAAUUCGAUCUUCUGAUAGGAGAGCCAGAGAAAACGCUUCGAUGAAACACGAAGAAGCAAUGAAGAAAGAAAGAGCACUUGCUUAUGCUUAUAAUUACCAGCAAUCGAAUCAGCGUGACAAAGAUGUUGGGCCGUAUCUUGAUGAGCCCGAUAAGGUCCAAUGGGGAUGGAAUUGGCUGGAGAGAUGGAUGUCAUCGCAGCCGUACAAUGCUCGUCCAUUAGGGCCUCAUGAAGGUUCUUACAUGACACUCGCCACCACCAAUACCACCACCACUCCCACCGACGCCGUAUCGGAGAAAACAGUCGAAAUGGAGGCUUUUACCCCACAAGGCUCGAGCUUGAGUAAUUUUAAUAUGGGCCUACUUAAUAUGGACCCAAUGGAAAUGGGCUUAAACCAAACUCGACGACAAUCAGCCCCAAGUAACCUUCCUAGCUACAUGGCCCCAACCCAGUCUGCAAAGGCAAAAGUUAGAAGUCAAGGCCCAAGCAAGCAGCAACCAUUACCACCUGGUACACCACAGUGGAACCCAUCUACAAGGAGAGGAUCAACAGCUGGGUCUGCAUGCGAUUCUUCAGCUUCAACAACAACACAUCCGGCCCCAAGAAGCCCAAGCCCAAAAGUAAAUGCAAUGCGUCUACAAGGUAAGCGGGUGUUGGGGUAUAGCCCAGAAUCUGGUAUUGAAGAUGAUUGGGGGUUUGCCACCAAGAUGAUUGGCUGAUGCCUAUUGUGUCCUGUCAUAUUAUUUUGCUUUACCACGUUGAUGCAUUUUUAUUUGUGGUUGCUUGAUUUGAGAGAACUUUAUAAGAUAAUUUAUCAUUUGAUUGUUUGUAAUAUUUUGUUUGUGCGAAUCUCUCUGUAUUAGCAUAUAUUUUUCAAUAGUGGGUUUGCAUGUAAUAUUAUUAUCUUCUAUGAGUACUGUUAAGCUGCUGUUUCAAUAA